AUGUCAACACCACCCAUCUGCACUCCAGACAUUGCGGAGCUCCAUCCUAACGAGACCAGUGGGAACCGCAAAUUCGCAUGCCAUCAUGACAUCAAGCUACUGCUGCAGAUCACUUUCGCGAGUCGCUGGGAGGCCGACCACGGCAAGCAGUUGCAGGCUUGGUCCGCCAUCGCUGAUGCGCUUGGACAGUCUGCAACUUUUGGUCUCAAGAAAACGGGCCCCGCGAUUAAGACAAGGUUUGACGUUCUCAUGUCUCGGUUUGUGCGCGGUGAAAGCGCGUCGUUGCGGAAGUCGGGUACAGCAGAAGAGUACGAGGAGGGAGAGCAAUUGAUGCAGGAUAUCAAGACGCGUAUGGACGAUUUCAAGGCCUCUGAAACAAUUCGAAAAGAUGUAUGCCGACGAAAACUGGAAGGGAUCGAAAACUCGGGUACGUUGUUGCGGAAAAUGGCAUUGGGAGAGCUUGAACGCAGCAGCCAUGAAGAGGCUGGCACACAAAAACGGAAGAAACGUAAAGCUACUGCACCAUCGAUCGACAUGAACAACCUCAUUCAUGCAAUUCAAGCAGGAAUUGAUGACAAGCGCCGCCGAGAAGAGCUCAUUACUGAGCAAUCAGCAGCAAGAUUAGAGUUUGAUCGCGAACAAGCUGCCAAUCGUACCGAACAACACCACGCUAAUCAGCGCAUGAUGAUGGAAUUGAUCAGCGCAAUCGCUAAACGUAUUGAAUAA